AGAGGGAGGAGCAGGAAGCAAACCAGAUGUUUCCCACAACAGUCCUCUUUUCGGCUGCUUUGAUUUCCACUGCCCUGGCAGGACCAUGGGCUAACAUAUGUGCCAGCAAAUCUUCCAACGAGAUCCGGACAUGUGACGGCUAUGGCUGUGGACAGUACUCUGCUCAAAGAACCCAAAGGCAUCACCCAGGUGUGGACAUCCUGUGCUCAGAUGGAUCUGUGGUAUAUGCACCAUUCACUGGGAAGAUAGUGGGCCAGGAGAAACCCUAUAGAAAUAAAAAUGCCAUCAAUGAUGGUGUUCGGCUGUCUGGAAGAGGACAGAGAUUACAAGCACAUACCACAACUCUCAAUGUCUUUACUGGUUAUAGGGAUAAAAUCAGAUCACCAGGCCUACAAGGUUUCUGUGUCAAAAUUUUCUACAUUAAGCCAAUCAAGUAUAAAGGUUCUAUCAAAAAGGGGGAGAAGCUGGGCACCUUGCUGCCCCUGCAGAAAGUUUACCCUGGCAUACAGUCGCACAUACACAUUGAAAACUGUGACUCCAGCGACCCCACAGCAUACCUGUAAGCAGAGACAAAGACCAAAUCUCCUAAAUUCAAAGCCAUCUCAGAAACUGGAACAUGCCCUGUUCCUGAAGAAAUGUGCAUUCUAACAGAAACACAAUCCAUGUAAAUGCUCACAAUUCUGAUUCCAACUCAUCGCCGCUCUGAGUGGUGGGCUCUGAUCUGCCUGCCACCUAGAGGGCCAUUAUGUUUUCGGUUUCUAAGUUCUGGUGACUGAAAUAAACAAUGAACUCC